ACAUGACAACCGAGUUAAUGAAGUGCUUCGAUCUUUUGACCCUGCAUUCAGUGCAAUGUGUUAUUAAAAUGCAGUCGCAAUUCAAAGUGUGUUACAUAUAAACAUAAAAUUGCUAACUAUAAUCAGAAAAGUAAAAGUAGACAAAUCAACCUUCUAAAACCUGGGUAACAGUUCGACAGAUCAACGUUAUGGCCAGAGGGUUAAGUAGGUAUAGACUAAAAUCUACCUGAACAUAUAUCACAUUGACAGCAUUUUGUCUGAGAUCUUAACUGCCAGUAUUUUGAAUUCAAAAUUCAAAGAAUCAGUGGCUCGCUCUGUUGAGACUACGCAUGUCUUGAAGUGUAAAGUCCAAGUGUAUUAUCUACUUCUACUAUCUAGUGAUCCGCGUGUGUUAGCAGGGCCCGUUCAUUCUAAACACGUUGUAUUUCUCACAUUGUGAAAAAAAAAUUUUCCAGCAAGAUUUUUGUGCAUCAGAAUGAUACACAAGGAGGGCUAUAUUUUCAGUCAGUGUGUACACAAUCAAGUGCAUUAAUUGAUACGCAGCGUGUUAGCAGACGAUAAACAGUCCAAACAGUCAAGUUAGUUAUAAAGAGAAAACAUAGAGCUACGCGCAUCUUCGUCUCAGUUUAACUCAAGCUUCCUUUGGGCGAGCUACGUUCAUCCUAGACAAUCUAUCAAUUUGCACGCUUGGAUACAGACAUAUUGCAUGCAUGUCAUGACAAAAUACGCCGCGAAUCUCUGCAAACGACGCACAAUCAAAAGGAUAUCUCUUAGACAUUUAUUACGAUAUUAGCGCAUCACUUUCAUCGAUAUUAGCACAUCAUCGAUAAACGAAAAUUUUCCACUCAGGCAUACUUUGGCAAAUAAUCCGACAAACUACUCCAAUAUGGAUAUUAUGAAAUUGGGUUGGUUCAGCGAAGUGAGCGAUCUUUGGCCCGGCAUUGCACUCUCGUUGAAGGUAGAAGAAGUUUUGCAUUCCGAGCGUUCUCGAUUUCAAGAAAUCUUGGUAGUAAAAACAAAAUCACAUGGGAGAGCUUUGAUGCUCGACGGUGCGAUACAAUGUACAGAAAAAGACGAAUUCUCCUAUCAUGAGAUGAUAUCAUACUUGCCGCUCUGCAGCCAUCCUAAGCCUAGAAACGUCUUAAUAGUCGGAGGUGGCGAUGGUGGAGCUGCUCGAGAAAUCGCGAAACAUCCGGACGUGGAGCGCAUCACGCUAGUGGACAUUGACGACAGAGUUAUCGAGGUGUGUAAACAAUAUUUGCCUCGCUUGAGUCUGGGUCUUAACAAUCCUAAAGUAACCAUUGUUGUUGGCGACGGUUUCGAAUUUUUGAGAAAUCACUGUGGAGAAUUCGAUGUCAUUAUCACUGACAGCAGCGAUCCCGUAGGUCCCGCUGAACAUCUUUUUAAGCAACCGUAUUAUGAAUUACUGAAGACAGCAUUAAAACCUGAAAAUGGAAUUAUUGCCAGCCAGGCAGGUACGGUAUGGGAAAGCAUGCAACAAGUACAGAGUACAUUCCAGCAUUGCAAAACCGUGUUUCCCGUCGCCACCUACGCAGUAACAGCUGUACCGACAUACCCCACAGGUCAAAUCGGUUUCAUCCUUGGCAGCUUAAACAGCCAAACCAAUUUUGCAGAACCAAUGAGGAUAUUCAAUGAAGAAGAACUCGAUCGAAUGGAAAUAAAAUAUUAUAAUGACAAAGUACAUCAAGCUGCUUUCAUCUUACCAAGAUUCGUGGAGAAGAGUAUCAAUUGCUCAAAGUACUGACUAAAUACUUAAAAAUAUUUUGAUAAAAAAAUUGUAAUAAAAAAUUAAAAAAAAAACUAUCACAAUAGCGCAAUAAAGUGGAAAUUUUAAACUUCAAAA